AUGCGCGCACCGUGGUCAUCGCCGUCCUCGGCGACCGGACGAGGCCCAGGACUCAAUCUCACCGUCGUCGCCGCGACUGCGCUCCUCCUCGCCACCUCCGUCGCCGCCUCCACCGUAUCCGUCGGCGGCCUCUGCUACGACGCCUGCGUCAACACCAUCCGCCAGCCGCACUUCAACGACACCGCCCCGGCCAAGUCGAAGCUCCCGCAAUCGUGCAAGAGCUUGCUGCACAUCAAGUCGCUGUACCUCUGCACCCAUCUGCAUUGCGACGCGCCGCACCGGGAUGCUGGACUGGGCAUGCAGAACGCGACAUGUCAGCAGUACAUGAACGUGUCGCUGCCGCCGUUGGAGAUUAUCGGAGGGUACUCGGAGGAGGAGAUCAAGGGGCUGAGGAGGCUGACGAAGGAGGAGGGCACGGCGGAGACGGUCCUGGGAGAGGUUGUGCUGCCCGCGGAGCCGUUUUACCAGAUCUGGUAUGAUUCUUUGGAAUCGGUAGAGUAUACCUACAGUCGGCAUUAUCGAUAUGGAUUCUAUGUUAUUGUCUUCUGGGUCAUUGUGUGCGCUUUCGGUCUGGCGACCCGUCUUGUCGGAGCCAUCGCCAGUCUCCAGCGCCAGGAAUGGAACUCGGAGAAGAAGCCCAACGCGCUGCACUGGGCUGCGCUCUGGCUCAAGCGGUACAUCACCAUCCCGGCAACCUUUGGCUAUCGCUGCUCGCAGAACCUGGGGUGGUGCACAAUACCCCCGCGCAUCCAGAGCAUCACCAUCUUCGCCUUCAUCGCCGUCAACACGUGGUACUGUUGCUACGGCUAUUCCCUCCUCCCGGGGCACAUGUAG